CUUCCCAGCUCUUCACUGUGUGAGACUGUGCUUCUGCCUUAAGGCUUCUCGUCGAACCAUCCGACUGCUGGUUUAUCUGCUGCGACACACACCCUCUCACUGGGGACGUGUCACUCCACACACCCCCAUCCUCCCCCUUCAUCUCCUCAUUCCUGCUGACUCCUUCCUCACCCUCUCCUAUUCCACCUCCUCACCUCACCCCACUCACUUCUGGUCAUGGAGCAGACAACAGUCACACACCAACCAGGACUGUCAGUCACUGAAGCCUCAGCAUCAGCAAUUCAAGAGGAGGAAGUGGGGGACUUCACCACAGGGAGUGACGAUAACUGGAGGUCAAGCAAUGUCCCUGCAGUGACAGACCCAAUAGUCACACAGCCUGGCCUCGGUGUCACCACAACAACCAUCACCACCAUCACGCAAACGGGGGGAGACUGGAGCACGGGCCUGUUUGAUGUCUGUGGAGACAAGACAACAUGUAUUCUAGGGGCUCUGGUGCCGUGCUGUUUGGACCUGAGUUUAGCCCACCAGUAUGGCGAGUGUCUUUGCAUGCCUCUGCUCCCAGGAUCCACUUUUGCCAUGCGAGUUGGGAUCAGGGAACGGUACAAAAUACGAGGCAGUGUGUGUGAGGACUGGACCACAGUGUUCUGCUGUUACCCUCUGGCUGUAUGUCAGAUGAUAAGAGAGAUGAAGCUGAGGACGAAGACACAAACCUAUCAUGUGUCCACUGCUCUCAAAUGCUCCUGAAGGAACUCUAGACAGUAAAUGAGGCCUGUCAUUUUCACAAUGCAGCAGAGACUGGUGAGGGUCAGCUGAGAUUUCUGCUAAGAGUAGCACAAAGAAUCAAUGCUAUAAGGUUUGGACUUGCUUUUGAAUGUCCCCAAGGAUGCCUUGACCAAUAAAUCAAGCCUAUCCUGCUACAUUCAAAGAAGACUGGAAAGGGCAUACUUUGAUUAAUAGCAUAAAAAGCAAAAAGAAUCCGAGCUGUAAGGUCUGAGCAAGUGUGUAGUGCUUAAAACCGCCUUGGAGGAUGUUAGGUUGCUAGAAUCAAACUGAAGCCAAACCUUCUUUUAAAAUGCUUUUGAACCUCUGUUUAGAGAGGAUAUUAUGAAUAACCUUUCUGGCAUGAAUAAUAUAAUCUCACAGAGAGAGAGUUGGGUGAAGAGCAGGUGGCAAGACACGCUGAUUUGGUUUCAGUAGCCACUACUGUCAGCAAACAGCACUAAACAGCUAUCAGACUGGAAAGACUGGAUAGCUGGACCAACUGAAAUCUCUUUUUGGAAAUCAAGAUACUACCAUUAUUGAAGUCAUAAAAACUGUACAUAUAGGAUAUUGUUGUAGAUUUUAAUUCCUUUGAAUAAUGCAUGACAACAUCAAGGUCUUGUGAUAUCUAGACAUGCACUUGGUUUUGGUUUUACUUAAAACUUUUGCAUAUUCGGCGUAACUCACUGACAACAACUCACAGGGACAACUUCUGCAAUAGAAAAGAUACCAAUGAAGUGAGAAAAAUGAUUUGUGUGAACCAAACCUUUAACUUUGUCUGGCAUGCCAAAGGUCACCUAACACAUUAUCCUGUUCAGUUCCUCUCAGACAUGAAGGGAAGAUGAAGUGAGGCAACAUAAAGCCUUUCUAGACCUUGAGGCAAGUGUGCGAUGGGGACAUAACUCAACAUCACAGAUAUUAUCUCCAAAAAAAAAAGUCAAAUCUUAUUUUCUACAUCUCAUCAAAACUAAAUCAGUUCAGUUUUAUCUAUGCAGUCAUUUGCAUUAUUAAUUAGGCAUCAGUACUUUUGAGAAUUGUUUUGUUUAUUUCAGAUUGUGGGUUGGAACGACUAUGCGAAUGCAGUAUGCAGAACUACUUGUCUGAUUACCCAGCAAGCUGGCCACGGUGUAACUCCAAUCACAGUCAACAGUUCAAGUACAGUCUGAUGAUAAUAAAGCCUAUUUCCAUAUUUCCGAUA